AAAUGAAGGGAGCUGCAGUUUUAGUGAGUUUGUUUAUGUUGGUAGUGCAACUAGGAGAAGCGAUAAAUUGUGGUGAAGUUGGUGGAGCAGUAGCUCCUUGUGUGCCUUAUUUGACACAAGGUGGAGAUCCAUCAGGUUCAUGUUGUGAUGGUGUGAAAAAAGUUGUACAACUAACGCCAACACAACAAGACAGGCAAGAUGCUUGUGAAUGUAUGAAAGCUGCUGCAGCUCGUUACUCUAAUCUUAAACCAGAUGCUGCAUCUAAUCUCCCUUCACGCUGUGGUAUUACUACUGCUAUACCAAUCUCUCCUACUACUAACUGCAAAAGCGUUCCUUGAGAUCAUGGGUGGACAAUAAAUAGUAUGGAAGGAAGCGUUUGCAAAUGCAAUAUUAACCUAAGUGUAAUAACGAGUGCAAAAUAUAUACUUCUAAUUGUACUCCCAAUUGUGAGUUGUGUGUAUGUAUUAAAUAUUAACAAUGUUA